AUGGCCUUCGCCCAGAUACCGGCUCCAAGUGAUACCAUCAUGACCGAGCUAUCCAAUCUCAACAACAUCAUCACGGAUCGCCUCGUUCUGCGUCCUCUACGUUUUACCGAUAGAGACGUGAUUCGCUUCUUACGCUUCAAUCCCCAAGUCGUCGCUGCAUGCCUUGCACACAGAAAGGCAGAGACAGAGGCGGAAUUUGAUGCGUUUCUGGAGCGACUAAUGGAGGGUGGUAAGUGUGUGAGUCAUUGUGUUGAGCUGCGGGUCUCUUCCCAGAGUGAGGGCGAGAAGGUGGAAGCAAAAGAGCAGAAGUUGACGCAGGAUGAAGGAAACGAGCCCAACAGUGCGGAUAAGGAACAUAGAGAGAAUCAUAUCAUCGGCGUCAUGGGUGCCCACCGCGUCCCAGAGAUCGGCUACAUGUUCCUACCUGAGUAUUGGGGGAAGGGCUACGCGACUGAAGCUUUGAAAGCAUGGAUGGAGUGGUAUUGGAUAGCGUAUCCAGGAGGCCAUGUGGAGAGGGAAUAUCUGAACGCGAUCACGUGGCCAGAGGCGGUAGGUAGCCAGAAUGUGUUGCAGAAGUGUGGGUUUAUGUUCCUGCAUAACAUUCAGCAGGAAAUGGACAAAAAUGGAGAAACAGAGGAAAAGGAGGAUAAGGGUAAGGAGUUUGUCAUGCUUAAUCUUUGGAUUGCUGGGAGGCCACCUUCUAGGAGAAACAGUUUAGCAUCCAGCUAA